CGGGCGGCGGCCAGCCUGUCCCGGGGAAAGUUGCGCCCGAGCUACCGGCGGCUCGAAGGGGCACCGGCACCGGGAUUGGCGCGGUUGGGGGGGGGCUGCAGGGAGCCGGGGCCCCUCGGGGCAGCCUCUCCCAGCCCCGCUGCCCUCGGUGCCGCAGAUGACCCUGAACACGCAGCGCGGGAGCAAGAGCCCGCUGCGGAGAAGGGCCAGCACCCCUCUCCCGCGGCCCGGGGUACCGGGUGCCACCUCCCGGGCCGAGCCCUGCCAUCCCCAGCUCGGUCACUCCGCAUCCGAGCCGGGUGGCAGGGCCGCGGCCCCCCGGGGCAGCUGGUCCUCCGAGUCCUCAGGCUCUUCCAGCUCUUGGGAGCCCCUGUACCGCGUGGUGCUGCUGGGUGACCCUGGUGUGGGCAAGACCAGCCUGGUCAACGUCUUCGCCGGCGUCCAGGAGCGGGACCUGCUGGAACAGCACGGAGGGGCUGCGUACGAGCGCACACUGUCUGUGGAUGGCGAGGAGACCACACUGCUGGUGAUGGACACCUGGGAGCCAGAGCAGCGGGGUGAGGAGAACUGGCGCCGCAGCCAGUGCCUGCAGGUGGGGAACGCCUACGUCAUCGUCUACUCCAUCACUGACCGGGGCAGCUUUGAGAGCGCCUCGGAGCUGCGCAUCCAGCUGCGCCGCACGCGGCAGGCCGAGGACAUCCCCAUCAUCCUGGUGGGGAACAAAACCGACCUGGUGCGGUGUCGCGAGGUCUCCGUCGAAGAGGGCCGUGCCUGCGCCGUGGUGUUUGACUGCAAGUUCAUCGAGACGUCGGCGGCUCUGCAGCACAACGUGGCGGAGCUCUUCGAGGGGGUGGUACGGCAGAUCCGCCUGCGCCGUGGGGGCAAGGAGGCCCGCGCACGCCCCGCGCCUGGCCAGAAGCGCAAGGAGAGCCUCACCAAGAGAGCCCGGCGCUUCCUCGACAGGCUGGUGGCCAGGAACAACAGCAAGGUGGCCCUCAAAGUCCGCUCCAAGUCCUGCCACGACCUGUCCGUGCUCUGAGAGCCGCCGCCUUCCCGUCCCUCCGCACACCCGGGCUGGGGACUCCUCUCUGCCAGCAGCGUGGCUGGCAGCUCUGUGGGUGCAAGGAGAGCCGAGACGGGGCCAGAGCGAUGCUGAGGACGUGGAGCUGUUUUAACUGGUGCUGAGGGAUGGCUGGGGUGCUCUGAAUCCGGCCACUUCCCCUCCAGGAGAGGGGACAAGUGGGGCUGGGUCCCCUGGGCUGCACCCAUGGAGCAGAGGGUGGGAUGGGCAUCUGUGCCUGCGGUGGUGGGCUCCUGGAUUACAGAUGUUCCUGGAGAGCCAGAGGUGAGGGGUGGCCAUGCCCCGGUGCAGAGCUGGAGCAGCUCUGGAGGCUGCUGGGAGCGUGGCUGGUCCCACUCAUGGUGCCCGUCCUUCGCAAGGUGGCAGGGACCGGUGAGGGCACUAUAGCAGUGUCCACCUUGAGGACAGUCCUGGCUGGGGAGUGGGGCUGGGGGAGCAUGGACAGCAUCGCCUGGCACCCCCAGCCUCCCCAUGCCAGGGCUUUAUGCCACAUCUCCCUGGCACCAGCGCUUCUGGGACUGAGGUUUUCCUGUACUGGCACAAUGGGGAAAACCCUCGAUCUGCAGAAUAAACCUCAUCAGGGAGGUGCUGGUCUCCGCUGAGUCCCUGUCACGGGGAGCUGUGCACUGGGGCUGCACGGUCAGAUUCAAGCUCAAUUCAUCGCUCACAGCUGUGGCAGGGGACAUGCCUCCUGCUCCUGCUUCACCAGACAAAACAACUCAAGGCAGGAAAAGCCUCCAUCCACGCUCAACAGAAGUCUCUGUUCCUCACCCAGCGGUCACAGCAUUGUCCCCUGUGUUGGCAGAAGCCCCCGACCCCCCUGCA